UUAGCUCCCCCAGAGAACCUGCUCUAGCAACCCCUGCCCCCUCCCUCCCAAAUGAAUCCCUGCACCCAGGGAGCUAAAGCGUGGGGAGGGGAACCCAAGCCUGCAAACACCCUGAUUGAGCUUGCAAGCUCUGAGGAAACCCUUCAGCACCUUUACAGUUACAUCAACCACUUUUCUCUCAUGAAAAAUACUCCCAUAAAAAUGAACAGGGGAUGAGACUUCCUUUUGCCACAACUACCCUUCAGAAUUCAUGUUUUUAAAGAUUUUAGCUCAGAGAUCUUUUUAGCUGAGGAUCUUUGGCAACUUUCUGUAUCAACCCCUUUCUUUUUCUCAGAAGUAUAUAGCAUGUUUUCAUCAUAGCUCAGCCCUUCUAGAGUAGGUAGCAGGCUGCUCUAAAGCUUCUGAUUAAACUGACCUCAAUAAUCUGUUGCGUAUAAGGUAAUUGGCAUCGGUGAAAUUAGUGUGCUUAGUGUGCUUAAUGACAGCCUCUGCUUUCUCAGGGUGCUUUCCUCAAAGGAUCUGCAGAAAGCCUUCCUAAGGAUGCAUAGUCAGUUUUAUAUUAGAUUAUCAGGAUCUGGUUGAAGAGAACCACAGAAUCCUUGGGGUGGAAGAGACACCCCACAAUGGUCAUCCCAAGUAGAGGCUUUCCCCUCCAAUUCUCAUCUCCCAGCAUGGCAUAAUAGACUACUUUGGGAUCCUGCUUGACCCUUCCCACAUUGCACUAUCAAGUCUGCAAACCAAGUGUGAACUCUGUUCCCAUUUCCUCACCAGUCAGACAGAAGGAAAUGACAGCUUACUCUGAGCUGAAGUUUCAGAACCAGGCUGAGCAGCAGAGAGGCCGAAGAUUUCUGGAAGCAGGCAACAGAGGUGCUGGAGGCAGCCCAAGCCCAUCAAGGAGAAACAAAGCUCCACCUCGUCGAUGGCAGUGUGCUACAGUUAUUCUUGGGAUUCUCUGUCUGGUUUUGUUGAUAGCAACAGGAGUUUUGAGUUACCUGGUUUUAGAUACGAAGCUCAGCCCAGGAAAGGGAAGCAGCAGUGAGCAGUCGCCGUCCUGCCCAGACCAGCAGCCAGGCCUUCCAGAAAUUCCAGAUGAACAGCGUGGUGAUACAGGGCAGAAGUGUCCAGCACGGUGGACUACUGCUGAGGGCAGGUCCUAUCUCUUUUCUCCUGAGAAAGGAACUUGGGAACAUUGUAAAUCCUCCUGCAUGUUUCAGUCUGCCCGGCUGCUUAGCAUUGAGAACAAAAAAGAGCUGGAUUUCAUAAGACAAGAAUUAUAUCAAUAUUAUGAAGAUCGUAAGAGUGUUACCUGGUACUACCCAUUCUGGAUUGGACUGUCACAUGAUCCUGAAUCCAGGAAGUGGGUCUGGGAAGACAACACAGCUCUCUCGUCUGGCCUGUUUGAUCUCCAAGAUCUCAGUCAUCAGAAUGAUCAGGGCAGAGUUUGUGCCUAUGUCCAAGGUGGGAAAGCUAAGCCUGGAGGCUGUGGAGAAACUCACUUCUGCAUUUGUGAGAAGGAAAAAAAGGAGAGACACAUUAAUGGGAAAAAAGUGGGAAUGCCAGCCUGAGAUGCUACAUAGACACAGGAAAACAUCAUUUCUUUCUGCCCGCUCUGGACUUUUGUGCGUGUGCCUGUUUCCUGGAUCUCUCUCCCCAGCAAUGAAGCUGCCUGUACUGGUGCCAAUAGACAUGUAUAGGGCCCUCCUGCUUACAUCCCCAGAUCUCACUUUCUUGGUCCUGUAUUUUGAGCAUGUGAUGGCAACCACUUGGGAAAAGAGAAAGACCUAAGAGGAAACAGUGUGUAUGGCCAUAGGAGCAUCACAGGCCCCUGGAAAUGAGACUGCCAUCCUGCAGUUACUGCCCCUGCCCAGACACAGAUGCCCCCUGCUCUUUGCAAAGCAGACCCUUGCCCAAGUGCCAGAGCUACAGGAAUAGGGUUUCCUUCCGUUCUUUUGGGAGACUCCAUGUCCUCUACGUUACAAAAAUUAUACCUUGCUUCUGGAAUAAACCUUUGCCCAUUACCCCUGUAUCCUUACUGCAUGAAUAAUGGGAGCAGAGAGGUCAGGAACAGGUGUGCACACCUGGCAACUCUGUUAGGCUGGUGUGAUUUCAGGCUGUGGGCAGCCAGGUCUGGGGGUUACUUCAGGCCAGGAAGUCAGAAGCCAAGUAUCUGCCUGGGAAACCAAGUGGAGGGUUCAGAGGAUCAGGCAGAGCACAAGAUCAGGAGGCUGGGUAAGGUUUUUGGGCGGUUGGGCCAAUGCCCGGUCAGCUUUUUGGAAGGUGAAUUAGAGAGCAUGUUCAGGAGGCCACCUAGGUCACGUAUGCAAGGAAUCCAUCAGUCAGUAGGAGCACAAGCCAAGGGUGCACAAUGUAGGAACAAGGUUGAGCUCUGUUGACUAGACAUGAUCCGUUGCAGGUGAAGCAUUUGUGUGGGAAGGAAUAGGAGUCAGCUGACCUUGGGUGCCCACUAUGGUGGCAGGGAGUGUGUGUGCGCCUAGGCCUACGUGGAGGAUGCUUGCAACCUGUGUCUACCACUUUGGUAUGGUGAGAGGUGUCAACUGGGUUUGAGGCACUACAGUGGUUAGGCUAGAGCUCCUGGUUCAAGGCCUCUAUCUGAUACUACUGACCACCCUGCCAAUGUGCUGCUUCAAGAACACCUUCCAGGGUGGGCUGACCUAGGCCUUUAUGAGUGGUCCUUAGAACAUUUCUGUACCAAAUUAGCUCCCCUGUGUGUUCUUCUUGUCCAUACCCUACCGAAUCUACUAGGUAUUGUAAUUUCCCUUAUCUCCAUCUUGGGCUCUAAGGAUAUCUUUAACCUAGUAUUCUUCCUGUUCUUGCACCAUUACGGGUGAUGGAGAAGUUUGGGAAAAGUGAGGGAGUGUGCUUUAUGUGUACGGCUUGAACAGGGACAUGUAAAAACCCAGAUGGAUUUUCAGUGUUAUGAGGAGCUGAUUGGAUUAAUUCUCUGAGUGAUAUGGAAGGGGCUGAUAUACCUGUAAGCAUAGGUGGUGCACGCAGGUGCACAUGCACCCUCUGUUUGUGGCGGUGCACCCCCCUGCAAAAAGGUGCCACUGACACUGUUGGCAGCACCUGCAGGCAGUCACUACUCGCCACCUUUCUGCCGGUGUCUGCGGGCAGUCCCUGAUCACCCCUGGCCGCCACCACCAGCAUGCACCAUUCAUCCCUGUAAGCCAGUUUCUGUGAGGGCUGGUGAAUAUGGAGGUGUUGUGUUGACAGCCAUACUUUCUGUCCAAUCGAGUAAACAAGGCCCCUGCUGCUGCUUUUGGUCCACCAGUCAUCUGUAAACCUCCUUUGCCUUUUCCAGCUGGUCUUUUAGUACAUCUGUACACAUGCUGUGGGGUGGAGGGAGAGGACACUUUAACUAGAGUGUCACGUGCAUUCAGUCGACAUGCUUUAGUUAAAGUGCUCCGGCCACCAUUUUGAAUUGUGGGGAUGUUAAGUACAUGUGACGUGGAUGCUUUUGGAGUGUGCUAAUUAGCAUGCUUCAGCAGACUUGCAGACUCAAUUAAUGGAGUCAGCUCUGAAGUGUGCUAAUUAGCACAUGUCAGAGCAGAGGUCCAUCAUGUUUAUAGCUGCCCUUAGUUCCUAUUAGACAUGUUGUACCCAGUCCAUGGCUGCAGGAUUAUUGAAGGUAACCAGUAGAGCAGGGUGUAGCCAGGAGUGGAUCCCAUAAUCAGCAAAGAAAGGCAUUGCCCAAUUGAGGCAUGCGUGGAUUUAUUAUAGGCUAACUGGGCACAUGUUAGCAGGGGAAUUCAAGCUGUCUUUCUGGCAAUUGCGGUGGUACUGGAAGUAAUGCUCUAGCACCUGGUUUAUUCUCUCUGCUUCACCAUUUGUUUUUUGCUGUUAAUGUGAACAAGAGCUGGGUAUGGACUGUCAGCAGAUUCAGAACCUCACUCCUGAAUGGGAUUUGUGGUUAUAUGUUAUGUGGUCUGGGAGACUAUAAAGGUGAACCACAUGGACCCAACCAUAAUUGGGCUUUAUUUUUAGUUGAGGGAAAACCUAUGCAUGGAAUAAAUUGGCAUAUUUUGGUUAACUUGGCUGUCACCUUCAGGACUAUGGAAUAUCCUUUGGAUUUCGGUAUCUCUACAGUAAAGUCUAGGGAACUGAUGGACCAGGGUCACUGGGAAGAGGAAGAGGCAGGA